UAGGGCCCAAUGGUCCUUUUCUUCUACACAUUAAUUGUCUUUAUUAUUUAUCAAUUAUUGCUACAAUUUUUAGCAGGAGUGUCGCCCAGCUACCUGAAGAAUCCGAUGAAAUUUUCUGAGACGACUUGUACAAAGUCACGCCUAUUGUAGUUUUGUUUGUUCAUCAUAUUUCAUAUGCUUUUCAAUCUCCCUUCUAAUUACUUCCCUGCUUGUGUUAGAGGAAUCCGGCCGAUUGAAUUCCGGCCAUAUCAAUAUAUGGCUUCAUAGAUGGCUUCUACCUCUUCUUCUGUUACUGCUUCGCCAUCCACUCAGGGAUGGACGUAUGAUGUUUUCUUGAGUUUUCGAGGUCCAGAUGUUCGUAAAACUUUUAUAGAUUUCCUUUUUGAAUCGUUAGAACGUAGAGGGAUUCACACUUUCAAAGAUGACGAUCGACUGGAGAAAGGGGACUGCAUCUCUCAGAGCCUACCAAAUGCUAUUCGGGAAUCAAAGUUUUUUAUCGCAGUCUUCUCCAAAGGCUAUGCUUCGUCAAAAUGGUGUUUGGAAGAACUUGCAACAGUCAUGGAAUGCCAAGAAAAGUUGAAGGAGCAAAUUGUGGUGCCAAUUUUCUACCACGUGGAGCCCACAGAUGUCCGGAAUCAAAAAGGAAGUUAUGAAAAUUCGUUCAAAGAAUUGCAUGAAAAAAUUGGCAAGGAUGAUGAGAAGGUAAGAAGAUGGAAGGAAGCCUUAAACAAGGCUGGCCAACUCAAAGGGUAUCAUUUGAAGAAUGACUAUAACGAAUACGAAGCAACAUGUGCUGAAAAUGUUGCUGCCGACAUACAUGCUCGAUUGAAUCAUGCAUCGCUAGCCUUUGAGGAGAACUUAGUGGGGUUGGAAUCUAGAGUUAAUAACAUUGGUAACUGGUUGAUGUUGGAUUCUGAUGAUGUUCGAUUCAUUGGCAUUUGUGGUAUGGGAGGUAUCGGUAAGACAACAAUUGCAACAGCUGUUUUUAACAGAUUUUCGUCCCAAUUUGAAGGAGCUUGUUUUCUUGCCGAUGUUAGACAACAUAAUGUCAUUGAAUUGCAAAAGACCCUUUUAACAAAAAUCCUAAAGGUAAAAUCAGGAGUAAAAAUAAGCAAUGAGGUAGAUGGAAUGGCGAAGAUAAGAACGAGGCUUAAAGAGAAAAAAGUGUUGAUAGUUCUUGAUGAUGUAGAUGACCAGCUGGAACAAUUAGAGAGAUUAGCGGGAGGUGGUCAUUGGUUUGGUAGGGGUAGUAGAGUGAUUAUUACUACAAGAGAUGCCCGGGUAUUGCGUUCCCAUGUAGUUGAUGAAAAGUAUAUAUAUGAAGUAGAAACAUUGGGAGAGGAUGAAGCUAUUCAACUGUUCAGUUUGUUUGCCUUUAAAAAGGAAGCUGCGCCUGAUGUCAAAGAACUCUCUGGAUUAAUAGUGCGUUAUGCUAUGGGUCUUCCACUAGUUCUCAAAGUUUUGGGCUCUUAUCUUUGUGGAUUAAAGGCUGUCUACUGGAAAAACAUCUUGGUGAAACUCAAGGACUCUGACUCCGUCCACACCCCCAAAGAUAAAAUUCUCAGAGUGCUUAUGAUAAGUUUUGAUGGACUAGAUCUUGAAAACCAAAAUGUCUUUUUACAUAUUGCAUGUUUUUUAAGAAACUGGAGGGAAGAAGUUGUAAAAGAUGUGGUUGACAGUGAUCUACUUGUGCUCAUUGAAAAAUCUCUUAUAUCUGUCAAAAAUGGAAAAAUUGAGAUGCAUGAUCGAAUUCAAGAAAUGGGUUUGCAUAUUGCAAGCAAGGAGAACCCAAGAAAAAUGGUAUGGCGGCUUAAGGAUGCUAAUGACGUGUUUAGCGGAGCAAUGGAACACAUAGAAGGUAUUGUGCUUUCUGAUGAUCAGGGGCCUCCUGAGAAAAAUACCUUUAAAAUUACUCUCAGUGGGAUGAGAAAUUUGAAGAUGCUCAAAGUUGGUGGUGAUAUUGUUUUCAGCAUCAUUGAUGGUUAUCUUCCUAGCAGUUUGAGGUGGCUUGAAAUUAAAUCUUAUGCUUCCGAUUCAUUACCAGGAAGCUUUAAACCAUCGAAGCUUGUUGGUCUUACUUUGGAGAAAAGUUCUCUAAAAAAUUGCAGGAUCACUCAGAAAUUAGACAAAUUGACCCUUCUGGAUCUUAGUUAUUCCAAGUCUUUGGAAGAAACCCCAGAUUUUGAUUUGAUGCCAAAUUUGAUGACAUUAUACCUUGUUGGCUGUGAGAAUUUAAAAGUGGUCCACUCAUCUAUUGGAAAGCUUAGGGAGCUUGUUUUAUUGGAUUUAAGCAGGUGCAAUAACCUUGAAGAGCUUCCCAGCUUUAAUCAAGUUUCAUGUCUCAAGGAUCUCGGUCUUGAAUCCUGCAGCAAAUUAAAGAAUUUUCCAGAAAUUGAGGUAACAAUGCCACAUCUAGUGGAGUUGAAAUUAAGAAAAGUUGGAAUCAUAGAACUCCCUUCAUCGAUCCAGCAAUUGCAAGGCCUCACUAAGCUAUAUUUGGAUGAUUGUGAACAUCUUGUAUGCAUUUCUAACGGCUUCUGUGAGCUGCAAAAUCUCAAAGUUCUUGUGAUUAACCAUUGCACAAAUUUGAAGUCGUUGCCAAAAAAUCUCCAAGACUUGACCUCGUUGGAAUUCUUGAAUCUCAAUGGAAGUUGUUUUUAUUCUUUACCUAAAAGUUUCAAUCAACUUCCUUACCUUCAAUACCUUGACAUCAGAAAUUGUGUAAACCUUAAAAAGCUCCCAAAACUCCCAAAAACCACCUGCCAACUAUAUGCAGAUUCUUGUUUUUCCUAUAGAAGACACAUAGAUGAGUUAGCAGACUUCCCGAAAUUACAAUCAGUAGCAUUCUCUUUCUCUUAUAAAGUUGGAAGGUCAGUGUAUGAUUUUGCUGAUGAGAUGUGUAUUCAUUUUCCCUCUCAUAGAAAGACUCCUUUCAGUGUUACCUAUCCAAUCAAGGAUGAGGAUUUCGAUAAGGUCAAUGUCUUGAGAAUAUUCCAAUAUCAAUGCUAUAAGUCAAAUGGUAUCGCCAUUGAUCUCAAUCCCGGCUGGAAUUGUCAAAGCUUUGUGGGAUUUGUGAUAUGUUUCCUCCCAAAAUCAAAUGUAUGGAGAUUACACUCCCACAGCGACAUUGUUGAUGUUGAGCAUUGCACAAUCAUAGUCAAAUUGUCAUGCAAAGAUAAUACAAAUGAAGUUCACCCAACAAAAUGUGUCAUUGUCAAAUCAAGUGAUGGUUCAGAAUCCAAAGGAAGCUUAUGCUUUGCCUACAUACCAUUUAGUGGUUUGUGGCCUGCAAAAUCUAAUAGUGUAACCCCAAAUGAUUUUUCAAGAUUUGAGGUGAACUUUAUGGGUUCAGAAGCGACUUCAAAUGGGAGCUUUAUGGAAUCGAAAGCAAUUGCAGGUUGGGGUUUUAAUUUGUUAUAUGAAAGGAGUGAAAGACCAGCAAGUUGGGAUGAUAGUUGUGAAGGAAAAGAAGGUGAAGAUGAGGAAAUGGGUGAAUCACUUGAUUGUGACAAAGAUGUUGGAGAGUAUGAAACAAAAGAAAGUAAUGCAGGGCACAGUGUUGAAGUUGCAAUGUCAGAACAUAAUGAUUCAGGUCUAAAUAGAACCAAAUUGUGGAAGUCUACUGAAAUUGUAGAUCAAGUUCAAUGCCGAAUCGUUUCCAUGCCAGAGUGCUUUAAUACUAAGGUUGCCCGACUUCUUUAUACAAAUUCUGGUGUUGGCAUCUUGGCUCUUAGCUCAGAUGGUAUUCAAAAACUAUGGAAAUGGCCCAACAAUGAACAAAAUCCAACCGGAAAGGCCACUGCCAAUUCUGCUCCACAACAUUGGAAACCAAAUAGUGGUCUUCUUAUGAUUAAUGAUGUGAUAGGUGUCAACCUCGAGAAAGUAAUUCCUUGCAUCGCCCUCUCGAAUGAUGACUCUUAUAUUGUGUCAGCUGCUGGUGGAAAGAUUUCAUUGUUUAAUAUCAUAACAUUUGAGGUAACGGAAACAAUCACGUUGUUGUCAUCUGCACCAACUUUCUUAGCUUUCGAUCAUGAUGACAAUAACCUUAUUGCAAUUGGUACGGAGAAAUCAUCCAUACAUAUAUAUGAUAGGAUAGAAAAGGAAUCGAAUGAACUUAGAGAACAUCAGAAACCUAUCACUGGUCUAGCAUUUUCUACAAAGCUUAAAUUGCUGGUUUCAUCAGAUGCUGAUUCCCAGCUUUGUAGCUGGAGCACUAGUUUAUGGAAAAAGAAAAAAUCAGUUCGCAUCCAGUUGCCUACAGGUGAAGUGUGUUCAGGUGUUACACAUGUGAUGUUCCAUGUUGACCAACUCCACUUACUAGUUACACAUGAAACACAAUUGGCAAUAUAUGAUGCAUCCAAGAUGGAGCACAUAAACCAGUGGAUCCCACAUGGUUCCUUUUCUGCACCAAUCUCUUCUGCUACAUACUCUUGCAAUUGCCAACUAAUAUAUGCAUCCUUCAAAGAUGGGAAUAUUGGAGUGUUUGAUGCACAUAGGUUAAGACCGAGAUGUUGUAUUGCUCCAUCUGCUUAUUUAUCCCAGGCUGUAUUGAAUAGAAAUGAGGGUGUGUAUGCAGUUGUGAUUGUAGCGCAUCCACAAGAGCCCAACCAACUUGCAUUUGGAUUGACAGAUGGGUCUAUUAAAGUUAUUGAACCAUUGGAAUCCGGAGGGGAGUGGGGAAUAUCUAGACAUAGCCAAGAUAAGAUCGUGGCUGAAUAGAGGACUCGAGAUAGCUUCGCAAUGUCUGGCAAUCCGUGUAGAUUUGGACCGAUUCUUCUCCUCGCUGUUUGAGCCAUGAUAAAGCUUCCUUACAUGCUAGAGUCUCAGCCAUAAGGGGUGAGAAACAAGUUUGUGGUGGCACGCAGUAGGCCGAUACAUAAGCUCCAAUAUGGUCUCGUAAUAGAACUCCGGUUGUAGCUUUCAUCAAGACGGCAUCGUAUCCUGCAUCUAUAAAGCAUUGUUUCGGAUAUAUAGGGCCGUCCGGCAGUAGUGUUGACGUGGGCGGGGCUGGCACGGCAGUGGUGGCAAUAGCGGAGACCGGCAGUAUCGCAGUAGGCGCUACUGUUGACGUCGGCAGGGCUGGGACGGCGUUGGCGGCAGUAACGGAGGCCGGCAGUAUCCCGGCAGCAUGGUGUGUGGCAGUGGGCAUCUCGGUCGGCAGUGCUACCGGCGGUUGUUUGGCAUGUAGUGAUUGCCAUGUAUUCUUCAUAGAUAGAGUUGCUAAUACAACCCUCUUUGGUAAUUGUAGGCUUGCAUCCCAUACCGCUCCGUUUCGGGCUCUCCAAAUAUUGUAUAAAAUUCCAGCUGCAAACAACAUUUCAUUAGAGUCUAGAACAUUCAUAAUUGUCCUAAACCAUUCAUGAAAA